AAUAGCUGUCACCGUACACCAGGGUUUAGUCUAAGCUCGACAAAUACAUAGCCGAGUAAGAGGCGUGGAAUCACGGAUGGAUAGUUUUCUGCUUUCUUUGACAGCAUUUCCAAAGGAGGACUGGAGAGUCAGAGAUGUCCAGCAGGAGCUAUACCAGCUUCGAGUGGAGGAAACCCAUCUUCGGUCGCAUGGAUAUUUGAUAUCUGACUGUUAACCCGCAGUCAAUGAAGACAAGGAAAGGGCACUGCUGUGUUCUUUACCCAACCAUAUCUCAUCAGAUGCUACAUAGCAUUUUAAGUAGCAGUGUAUUAUAUUGCUCUCCAAGACGAGAUGGAUUUGUUUUUCCAGCGACACUUUGGUCGACGUCAAAAAAGACAAAAGCAUUUUGCUGCAGUGCGUCACAAAUGUCCCUCUGUUCAGGCCAGUAAAGCCAGGAGGCGCUCUAGCGUUGGUCUGCCCUCUGUAGCAUUAGUACAGUCCAGACGCUCCUCUGUCGGUUUGCCUCUGGUUUGCCAUGACCAGCGCAGGCGCCCAAGUGUUGGCUUACUAGUGGCCAGUGGACAGAAACGACAGUCUAUCAUCGAGCUUGGGCUAACAAAUGCAAGUGAAGGACCAGGAAGAGGAACUGAGACAGCAGAGGGGGCCACCAAGAAAGGAAGACAUCGUCCCUGCUGCUCAGUCUCCUGUGCACGUCGUUCUAAAGUGAAAUCUAUUGAACCUCAUUUACUGGGAUCCUCUAUGUUACUGGCAAGUGUAGUGCAGAUGGGCACAGGACUGAAAAAGGAAGAAGAGGAUGAAGAGGACCUGGAUGUCUCUCCGUGCUCCUGUUCUGAGUCAGGUGAAGAAGAAGAGAGCGAUAAAGAAGCUGAUGAAGAAAGCUUCACCCUGGCAGCUCACAGGCACCUAACGCAGGCUGUGGUUACGGAGAACAUCAAAGCCCGGCCCUUGCUCUGGCCUCCUCGCUGUCUGAGACGAAAUUCCUCACACUUGCUUCCGGCAGACUCCGUGUUUCAGGAUAACAAAGCAGGGUUCGGCGUCUAUGGCCGAUAUAAUCCAUUAGAGUCGAGUCACAGUACAGCAAACUUGACUAACGCAAUGUCGACUUCCGUGACCAGUCCCAGCCUUGGGCAGCUGGCUCCAGCAGGCCUGAGCUUUGAUGUUGGGGCAGCUGCAGCAGAUGCUACCUCAUCUGGCUCCAUGCUCCAUAAAAGCUGUUUCUCACCACUAGAUGGACCCCAGCAAAGCAUUUAUUACGAUCCUUACCAGGAUACAUGGGACAACUUCCUCUCAAAAGCCAUAGCUAAGUCCGGUCUGCACCAUCUUCCCUGUCAGCCCAGCACUUCCUCUCUGACCAGGACCGACCCAGAAGCAAACAUCUCCAGCACUGUGGACUGGACUGAGGUAGCUGUGUAUGGAGAUCAUAUCUGGUUUGAAACAAAUGUGUCUGGAGACUACUGCUAUGUGGGAGAACAGCACUGUAUUGCCAGAUUACUGCAAAAGUCUGUCAGUCGAAGGAAGUGUGCUGCCUGUAAGAUUGUUGCUCACACCGUCUGCAUAGAACAACUGGAGAAGAUUAAUUUCAGGUGUAAACCAUCAUUCAGGGAAUCAGGAUCCAGAAAUAUUCGAGAGCCUAUUGUGGUUCGCCAUCACUGGGUGCAUCGGAGACGACAAGAAGGCAAAUGCAGACAGUGUGGGAAGGGUUUCCAGCAGAAGUUUGCUUUCCACAGUAAGGAGAUUGUUGCCAUCAGCUGCUCGUGGUGCAAACAGGCUUACCACAACAAGGUUUCCUGCUUUAUGCUGCAGCAAAUUGAGGAAGCUUGUCCAAUGGGUGCUCAUGCUGCCCUCAUAGUUCCACCCACAUGGAUAAUUCGGGUCAAACGCCAUCAGUCAUCGAUGAAGUCCAGUAAAAAGAAAAAAAGAACAUCGUUCAAAAGGAAAAGCAGCAAAAAAGAGGAGGGGCGGCAGUGGAGGCCAUUCAUAAUCCGUCCCAUCCCAUCACCACUUAUGAAACCCCUGCUUGUGUUUGUCAAUCCCAAGAGUGGAGGAAACCAGGGCACUAAGAUUUUGCAGUCCUUCAUGUGGUAUCUGAACCCCAGACAGGUGUUUGACCUGAGCCAAGGAGGACCAAAGGAGGGUUUGGAGCUGUAUCGUAAAGUCCAUAACCUAAGGAUCCUGGCCUGUGGAGGAGACGGCACUGUGGGUUGGAUCCUAUCGUGUCUUGAUGAACUGGCAUUAACCCCCCAGCCUCCGGUUGCUGUGUUACCACUUGGGACAGGAAAUGACCUUGCUAGGACCCUUAACUGGGGAGGGGGCUACACAGAUGAACCUCUGUCUAAGAUCCUGUCUCAUGUGGAGGAGGGAACAGUUGUCCAGCUAGACAGGUGGAACCUCCUGGUUGAACCAAACCACAGUGCAGGGGCUGAGCCAGAUGAACAGCAAACUGAUAAGCUUCCUCUGGAUGUUUUCAACAAUUACUUCAGCCUUGGAUUUGACGCCCACGUGACUCUUGAAUUUCAUGAGUCGAGAGAGGCCAACCCAGAGAAGUUUAACAGUCGUUUCAGGAAUAAGAUGUUCUACGCUGGGACGGCGUUCUCAGAUUUCCUGAUGGGAAGCUCCAAAGACCUGUCAAAGCACAUCAAAGUGGUGUGUGAUGGAACAGAUUUAACAUCAAAGGUUCAGGACUUGAAGCUACAGUGCCUGGUCUUCCUCAACAUCCCCAGGUAUUGUGCAGGCACCACACCAUGGGGUAACCCCAGUGAGCAUCAUGACUUUGAACCUCAACGCCAUGACGACGGAUACAUCGAAGUUAUCGGAUUCACGAUGACUUCACUGGCUACUCUUCAGGUUGGAGGUCAUGGUGAGAGGUUGAACCAGUGCAGAGAAGUGAUCCUCACCACUACUAAACCUCUCCCGGUGCAGGUGGAUGGCGAACCUUGCAGACUUGCUCCAUCAGUCAUCCAUAUCAGCCUCAGAAACCAGGCCAAUAUGGUUCAGAAAACCAAACGACGAACCUCUAUACCACACCUCAAUGAUCAGCAGCCGGUCCCGGAGAGGCUGAGGAUCAGAGUCAGUCGGAUCAGCAUGGCUGACUACGAGGCUCUGCACUACGACAAGGACAAACUACGGCAAGCAUCCAUUCCUCUGGGACUGAUCGUGGUUCCUGGUGACAGUGACUUAGAGACCUGCAGAGAACACAUCCAGCGAUUACAAGAGGAGGAGGCAGCCAAGCCGAAGAAUCUUUGCUCACAGAGAUUGUCCCCAAAGUGGUGUUUCCUUGACUCCACGACAGCUGAUCGUUUCUACAGGAUAGAUCGAGCACAGGAACAUCUCAACUAUGUAUCCGAAAUCUCCCAGGAAGAGAUCUUCAUCCUGGACCCUGAACUUGUUGUCAUGACAACUGUAGGCACCUCCCCCUCAGCCAUGGCUGACCUGGUUAACCCCGCCCCUAACCCAGUAAACAGCAGGGACAACACUUCUAGUCAGAGCUCCACUGAUGUUUUAGUCUACACUGCUGCUUCCUCCUGCGACUCACCUUCAUCCUCUGUUCCCAGUUCUUCCCCAAGGCAGCACAUGAACAGUGACAGCACAGAAGCAGAUGUUUUGACGCACAACAAAGAACCUGUGACCAGCAAACUCAGCCGAGCGGGUUGUAUCCAUCGUUCCAACAUAACAGCUGCGGAUACUAACCAAAGGCAAAGAUGGGAAAAGAGCCAAAAGAUGAGCGAAACAGAAAAGGAGAGAGAAAAAGAGCUGAACGUGUACCUGACAAGUCUGUGUGGAAGACAGAGAAAAAUGUUAAUGGAUUGUGUGAAGAACAAGGACUUGAAGAAGUUGCAGGAGCUGCACCUGAAGGGAGCCGACCUCACGGUCCUGGACCAGUCGGGGUGGAGCUUGCUACACCAUGCUGUUAGUGCAGGGAGCAAGGACAUGGUGCGCUACAUCCUUGACAAUGCACCAAGUGAGCUGAUUGAUGUCACUGAAAAACUACAUGGGGAAACGGUUCUUCAUCAGGCUGCGUCGCUGUGUCACAGGACUAUCUGUCAUUAUCUGGUAGAAGCAGGAGCCUCACUCAUGAAAACAGACCUGCUGGGUGAUACUCCUAAGAACAGGGCAGAGAAGGCUCAUGAUGCUGAACUGGCAGCGUACCUGGAGAACAGACAGCAUUACCAGAUGAUACAGAGAGAGGAUCAGGAAACAGCUGUCUAAAAUAUUUGAACUCUCCUUGAACUGGACAUGGAUGAAGGUUUUGUCUCCUUCCUCAUAUUGACCAGACAGAACGCGUUUAAUGCCUUUGUGCGAGCUGAACUGGACACAGAUUCCAGUUUACUGCUGACAGCCCUCAAAAACAGAGUGAAGCUGUGCCAAACAUGGUUUAAAUAGGAGGGCUUGCUUUAACUGCGGUGAAGCUACGCACAUUUUCAGAAGUUUAUUAAGUUGUUUUGAUAUUUUGAUGUUAAAUAGCUUAGUAAGAAUAAUAAUAUUGAUUAAAAAAUCUUGUGAAAUCCUCUGACUUGGAACAUCAGUUUGGGGAAUUGGGAUUGUGGGUGGGGGUUUGAAGACUCAUGUUAAUAUGAUAAUGAUUGGGGGGCAAAGGAAUUUAGUUUAUUUCCUAUGAUUAUUAAAUAAACAACAAACAAAAAACCUAAAUCUGUCAGAAACUACAGACACUGUAUGUGUAUAGAUCAUAGAUCAUACUUGAUGCAGGCCGGAGCUAGACCGAUAAUUAAAAAAAAUUCCUAUAAGUUAAAUGUCCUGCUGAUUAACCUGAUUCCAAAAGAGGGUCGACGUGUUUAAUACCAAAGUUCUUUGUAGUAAAAUACACAUGUGACUAAUAAACAUGCGAAUCACUAGCUGGGUAAAAACAACACACUUUGUAGACACAUACUGUGAUCAGAGCAACAUUCUGUACCCUGAUGGUAAACAGGAUCAGCAUGCAAAGCAUAAAGAAAUUACAUAUUUUCCAAUGUCGAAUUCUUUUAUUUUUUUUUUAAAUUCAUUUGAAUUUGAAUAUUGAAGGACACAGGAAACUUUUACAUCUACCAAAUUUACGAAUGUGUGUUAGGACGACAUGUUCCAACAUGUCCAACAUACUCCGCUUUAUUUUAACAUUUAUUGAAUGUCCAACAAGGACAAGUGAGAGCAGAGCAGCCUGGACCUCACAGGGUAGAUAAUGGUGAAAAGAAGAGUUGGUCAAAACCACAAGUGUUCAUCCUCUUGGGACCAUGAAUACCUCUAGUUCAUUUUAUGAAAAUUAUUGGCAUCAUCAAUAUAAAUGCUGUUAGAUUAAUACUUGAACUAAGCCUUAAAACAUUUUCCAGUUCUGUGCUUUUGUUUCAUAAAUGAUGGUGAUGUGUUCAUAGAGGUUUUACUAAUAAUACCAUUUGUAGCCAGAAAACUCAAACUGAUGGCACUACCCUCGUGAUUCCUCUUGAAUAAUUCCAGCACAAAUAACCACAUUAAUGAACGUAACAGUGGAUUGACAGACGUAUGUUGCUGCUGCAGUAGGUGGCACAGGAAGACUGCUGUACUGUGUCUGAAGUGUCACAGACGUCAGUACCCCAACAUAACCUGCAGGAAACUACCAAUGAGUCGAGGCUUUACCUGGAGACACAGUCCUUUCCAGGUUUAACGCACAUGUAUUAGAACUGAUCUGUGCAUACUCGGUGGGUUUGCACAUUGAGAGUAAGUCACCACUGCUGUGAUCAUGAUUUGGUAGAACACACAACACUGGCUGUUAUUAUAAGACAUAGAUCAUAAUGCCCUAAAUAUUUAACACAUCUAGCACUAAAGCCUUCAUGUCUUUGAUCAUUCCUAUCACAUUGUUAAUAAAGCUGAUUCACCACAAGCAUGUCUGCCAAAACCAUUGACUGAAAAAAUAAGCAGUGUGAUUAGAGUGGCUUUUCAUUCAGUGACUGUGGGGGAGGUGUUAUAUUAAAGUAUAAUAAUGUCAGAUUAGAUCAAAUCUAUUUUAGUUCAACAAAUAAAUAUAAUUAGAUAUAACAGAUGAAGCAAUUAAGAAAUAUAUUUUGGAAUAUUUACAUCAAGUAAAAUUGAUUUCAUCAGUGGUUUGCGACUGCAAGUGAAGAUGUGGCUCAUCGAGAGCUCCCAUAGUUUCAUCAAUCUUUAUUACUUUUUCUGUGUAUUUUAAAAGGCAGUAAGUAUUAGGCCAUUCCCCUAGCAAAGAAAAGAAUGAUGUGUUGUUUUUAAAUAUGUUUCAAAUGAAUAGCUGAGUAAUUACACGUUGGCACAAUGAUGCAGUAGUUAGUACUGGAAGAUCAACAGCAUAGAGAUCAAGAAAAUUAGUGUUUUUUGUUAUGUAUGAAGAAAAAAGAUCAGCAUUAGAAAUGACUCUAAACAUAGUGAGGACAUCUAUAAGUAACAAUGUUACCACUCAUUACAUGGCUCUUUGAUUGAUUUUAGUUUUAAGUCCAGAUUCUCCAGGAAUACUAAAAUAUUUGAAAAGGAAACAGGAAAGGCUAGAAGCUCUGGGCUUUAUAAUUACAAAAUAAAGUUUUUCACACUGCUUUGACAUGAAGAAAACAAUGACGUGCAGAAACCUGUCUAUUUUAAUGUUAGUUUACUUUUGGGGGGAUUUCAGUGACUUUGUCAAAAGUCAGUGUAUUAUAGAAUUUACUGUACAAAGUUUAGACCGGAGCGCAGCACCUACUGAAUACUUUCAAACCAAAACCAAAAGUCUGUGCCCAAUUUUACUGACUUGACUUUUUUGUUUUGUUUUGUCUGUAACUUUCAGCAUUUGAACUUUUUUGAUGUCUUAAGUUUAGCUUUGCAUUGGAAUUCUUGUAACACAGUGAUGUAAAGUUAGGAUUUUUUUUUUUUCAAUCAUCUGUUGCCAAUGUUGUUGUUUUUUCCAAGGGAAUUGUUUGUUGAAACAUUUGUAUGAAAUAGUUUAAUUGCAAUUAUCAACAAUUAUGUGUUUUUUAUCUUUCAUCAUUUGGUAAAUGGCCUGUAUUUGUAUAGCGCUUUACUUAGUCCCUAUGGACCCCAAAGUGCUUUCCGAUAUGUACUAAUUGGUUUUAACUCCAGUUUGUUUUUGAGAGGAAUGUAAAGAUAAUAAAACAAAGAAGAAGAGGUUGUUUGCUUUUUCAUGGUGUCUUUUGCUUUUUGCAUGUAAAAGUACACCCAGUAAAGCCAUUAAAUUUUUCAAUUUC